AUGUUCUUUCUUGGCGCAUUGUCUUUGUUUUUCCUACAAUCCACGACCGCGCAGCGCCAUGACGCUGACUUAAUGUCUUUUGUGACUCUUCCCGAGGUUCGAGCCUUGAAGUGGGAAAUCACACAUCAUGAUCGCACGCGAGCUGCGCCGGGAUACUGGUUUGUGGCGCCGUAUGGACAGAUCAGCCCGGAAGAGCCUACCAAGAAAUACCAACAAUACCAAGUCGGACCUUACAUUUACGAUAGCGAUGGUAUGUUGAUUUGGGCGGGCGCACCACUAUACGACAACCGAAAUAUCUUCGACUUCCGACCCGUCACCAACAUUGAUGGGGAAACACACCUCUCAUUCAUUGUCAACUGGGACAUUGACUAUUCCAACAAGGGCCAUGGCGUGGUUUUGGAUAAGAAUUACAAGGUGGAGAAAGACGUUGACAUGCUACUGGACGUCCACGACUUCAACAUGCACGAAUUCAAUGUGUUGCCCAGCGGGAAGACAGUGCUAGCGUGCACUUAUCGAGAGCAGAAAGUGGAGUUGACGGAUUUUGACCGGCCGACGGAGAAAGGCUGGGUUGUCUCGGGCGGGUUUGUGGAAAUGGACACAAAAACCAGCGACAUUCUCGUGCAGUGGGACUCUUUGGAUAAGAUUCCUCUUACUGAAUCGGUGAUCAUUGGUCCCUCAGAUGCGCCCGCCGAACAACCAGGCUGGGACUAUGUGCAUAUCAAUGCAGUGGACAAGAAUGAAGCCGGGGACUAUAUAAUCUCCAUGCGCUUCACGGACACCAUCUACGGAAUUUCGGGUGAAGAUGGCCACAUUAUGUGGCGUCUUGGUGGACGGGAGAGUGAUUUCAAAAUGGAUUUCACCUUCUCCAAGCAGCAUGACGUCAAAUUCGUUUCCUCCAAUGGAACCCAUCAUGUCAUUUCUUUCCUCAAUAAUGCCUCUUUUGAAGGCAGCAACGAGGAAAAUCUUUCGUCCGCUCUCUUCGUCGAAUUGGAUACCACCGCGAUGACUGCUCGGGUCAUUAGACGCAUCAACCGGCCCGAUGGCGCGCUCACUCGACUUCGCGGUAGCGUGCAGCUGCUUCCUAACGACAAUGUCUUCGUCGGCUGGAGCGAGUGGGGAUAUCAGAGCGAGCACGCACCCAACGGAGACGUUCUGAUGACAGCCCGCUUUGCAUCGGAGCGCUACUCGACCUACCGUGCCUACAAGGGUGAAUUUAUUGGUCGUCCUACCGCGCCACCUGACAUUGUUGCUUCGGUGUAUGGCACCCGCGACGAUGAUCUCACCACCCUCAUUCAUGUCAGCUGGAACGGUGCAACCGACGUCGCCGAAUGGAAAUUCUAUGCUCGAGCAUACGAUCGUGGUUCUUCUGUUCUGAUUGGUCAGGCUGCGAAGACCGACUUUGAGACUAUGUACAUCGUGGACGGUUACAUGGAUUGGAUCACCGCGGAGGCCAUUGACGGCAACGGCAACGUGAUGAGUACUUCAGAGGUCAUUCGCAGUGAGAUUCCGCAGAACUGGAAAGCCGUGGGCUUCACAGGCACUUCGGCGGGUCCCACGCCUGAUGAUCCCGCCAUUAUCGCAGCUGCUAAUAAGGGCCACACUCAGCCGUCUUCUGGUAAUGAGAAGAUCGAAGACAACACCGCUCCCGGCUCCUCCGAAUCAUCAUCUGCGUACUCUGAUGCCAAGGAGGCCGCCAAGGCUGUGAAUCAGGCCUAUGAGGUUGUCCGUGGUGUAGGAGGACUACUCGUCAUCAUUCUUCUCAUCUGCACCAUCGGUGGAAUUGUCGUUGGUGUACGGCACAUUACCAAUCGCCGCAAGACGAGGUCUUAUCAGCACGUUCCUGCUGAGGAGGGUGCGUCUGUGGAAGAAAUUCCCUUGCGCUCCACAGGCCCUGUAUAA